AUGGACAAAAAGCAACAUUCAAAAUCAACUGCCAGUGGAUCAUCUUCUCCUUCCACAAUAAAUAAACCAAAAAAAUCAUCAUCAACAACAGCAGCAGCAUCACUACCAACAACAACGGCAAGCAGAAAUGCAGUACUUCCUCAAAUUGCUCGUCGAAUUCUUCAAAAUUUCCUUUUGGUAUGGCUCGAUGCCAAUUUGCAAGAAUCAGAUAACGAUUUUAAGAAUUCAUUGCAACAUCUUCGAAAAAUUGUGGCAUCCAUCACAACGUUUACGGAUGCCCAACAAUGUGUUAAUUUCGUAAGUGAAAUCAAAAAAGAAAAGGUAUUUAUGAUUGUAUCCGGUUCCUUGGGUCGUCAAAUAGUACCAGAAAUCGAAGCAUUGCCACAACUGGAAGCAAUUUAUGUGUUUUGUGGUAACCAAUCGGUUCAUGAACAAUGGGCUAAAAAAAUAAGCAAGGUUAAGGGUGUAUAUACUAAAAUAGAACCAAUUUGUCAAGCACUUGAAAUCGAUCGACAACGAUGUGAUCAAGCUAUGAUCCCGAUCAGCUUUAAUGGUCGGGAUGCAUUAUUUAUGUAUACACAACUAUUAAAAGAAGCGCUUUUGGAAAUUGAAGAUGACGAUGUCAAAUCGAUUAAAGAUCUCGUAAAAUACUGUCGUCUGCAAAAUGAUGUUGAUGAAGAUGAAAUUAAACUUGUUGAACGUGAAUAUCGUGAUCAUACACCAAUAUGGUGGUAUACAGCGGAGACAUUUAUUUAUCCCAUGCUCAAUCGUGGACUCCGACAAAUGGAUGUUGACAUCAUCCUUAAAAUGGGCUUUUUCAUCCGUCAUUUACAUCAACAUAUUACCGAACUACAUCGUGAACAAAAAGCCAGCAUGCCAGCAAAAUUUCAAGUCUUCCGUGGACAAGGUUUGUCCAUUGAAGACUUUGAAAAAAUGAAAAAAACCAAAGGAGGACUUAUGUCCUUCAAUAAUUUCUUAUCAACAAGCCGCAAUCGUGAGAUAUCUUUCAAUAACUUUGCACGACCAGCAGCAUUAAAUACAAAUUCAGUUGGCAUCCUUUUCAUUAUGAACAUUGACACGGCUAUUUGUACAAAAUCAUCGACAUCAUUUGCUGAAGUAAGCAAAGUUGGCUACUACAAAGAUAAAGAGGAAGAAAUACUCUUUUCAACACAUGCGAUUUUUCGUAUCGAUCGCAUUGAACAAAUUCACGAUAAUCACUGUGAUCGGCUAUACGAAGUUAAUCUCACUAUUGUGGGUAAUGACAAUCAUGAAUUGAACACACUUACAGCACACAUACGUAAGGACCUUGGUGGACGAACAGGAUGGUCUCAACUUGGUUUCAUACUUAUUAAAGUGGGCGAACCUGCAAAAGCAGAACAACUCUAUCAAAUUAUCCUUGCAAAGACGUCUUCUGAUGAAGACCGUAUAGAAUAUAAUAAUCAACUAGAUGAAUUAAUGUGGAAUUUAAUUAAAUCAACUCAUAUCGAUAUCAAUUGA